AUGAGCGACGUCAAGAAGAAGAGCAAUCGUUUCGCUCUGUUUAAAAAGCGUACAAAAACAGACGAUAAUGCCGAGCUGUCAAAAAGCGCGAUCGUGUCGGCGAGAAAAACCGGACGAUUGAAUCUCUCGUCGAAAGGAUUAUCCUCGGGUGAUCUCAUCAAUAUUUCAACAAAGAAGAGUAUGCAAAUCUUUUGUUUCUUUGAAUGUUGUUUGUGAAUAUUACUUGGAUGUUAAUUGUCGCACAGACACAAAUGUUUGUAUACACAUGCCUUUAUUCUGAAUUCUUUUUUAUUGAUUGAGAGUGCUUCUAAAUUUGUACUUUUGAGCCAGUCAGAAAGCUUAUAAAUCACAUAUAGAGGCACUUGUAUCAACAAAAGGGAGUUCAGAAUAACGGCCAUAGUAUCUAUGUUGUCUAUGAUUAUCUUUUGAAUAAGAUUGCAAAGAAAUGCGAGAUAUGCGUAAUGUCACUCUGUUCACUCAUCGUAUCAUAGGUCAUCUUUGGAGCAAAGGUAUACAAAAUAUUAGGAUUUGUAAUUGAUGUUACUACUACUAAAUUAUUAACUAAUUAGUAUUAAUAAUAAAUUGGCAUUUAUUCAACACACACAUAUAUAUACACAUACACACACACACAUAUAUAUAUAUACUAAUAUUUAGAUAAUCCAGUAAACUUUGUAAGCCCAGUGAUAUGUGAAAAUCUUAAAUAAAUUUGAUUUUUAUUUAUGUAAUUUGUGUUAUUUUUUUUAUGUAUAUAAAUUGUGUAUGCUAUUGAUUUGUAUUUGAAAUAAGACAAAAUUCAAAAUCAUUAGCUGUAGGUAGAGGUUUAGUUUCAUCAGGUAUACUGGUUUAAUUUUCAUUAUCCAGUUCAGAAUUAGCAAUAACACUUCUUCGCGAUAUAUACGAUAGAGAAGUAGUUUCUAAUUUAAAUAAAUUCAACAUACGCUUGGUAUCAUGUGAAAACCAUCGUCUCAAAGUCGCUUUGCACGCUUUCGCUAAAAAUCGUGUAAGGAAGGUGAUCGUGUAAAACAGGUAAAUCCGCCGUAAUUUGCAAAUAAGCCAAUCCACAGUACAAGGUAAGUUGAUCCAAAUAUUUUCAUUGAACCUUACAAUAAGAUGCAAUUAAAAUGCAAUAAAAAACAGGAAAGAAUGUCAAAGUUUGAAAGUAACGAGAUGACAUACGUUGCAGUACCAGACAAAGUAUGGAGCAUAAAUGAAUUGACAGAAGAGGAACUGCAACAUUUGCAUUUCGAGCUCGAUUACGAGCACAAAGAGGAACGAUGGUGGGAACAAGAACCGUUAAGAGUUUUAGAUCUGAGCUGCAACAGCUUGACUACUAUUGAUGAUAGAAUAGAGUUUCUGGAGGAGCUCGAUACAUUGGAUCUGCACAACAAUUUAUUGGAGAAUCUACCACAUACAAUUGGGUCUUUGCGCAAACUGAAAACAUUAAAUAUAUCAGGCAACAAAAUGGAAUAUUUGGACCCACAACUUUACACGUUGGUGGAACUGCGUGAAUUGCAUCUGAAAAAUUGUCAUAUCGAAUUAUGGGAUCCGGAGAUAGGAGAUCUGAUUAUGUUAACUCACUUGGAUUUGUCACACAAUAAGCUGACCUUUGUGCCAAUUGGAAUAGGAUACUUGGUACGAUUAGUCACGUUAAAUUUGUCUCACAAUAGGAUUAUAGAAGUCGGUCCGGAUAUAACGAAUAUGAGAUCACUGAAGACGUUAGACAUGAGCUUCAACGAGCUGGAUUCGAUACCGCCGUUAGGUGAAUUGCGAAGAGUAGAGAGAAUAAUGUUACAGUCGAACAGUUUUUAUACAUUCCCGGACGUAUCAGGUUGUUCCGCUUUAACAGAAUUGUAUUUGGAAAACAAUAACAUUUCCGAGAUCGAGCCGACAUUUCUGGAAGGGCUCAGUAAUCUGAAGAAGCUUACACUCCAAAACAAUUACAUUGAGGUUAUACCCGAGGCAAUAAUAAAAUUGAUCAAUUUGCAGGUCUUUGAUGUGUCGCAUAAUAGAAUAUCUCUGAUACCCUCUUGCAUUGGUGUCUUGCCAAAUUUGAGGGAGUUCGCAAUCAAGGAAAAUUACAUAGAGAAUGUAAGGGGAGACAUCAUACGAUGCGGUACACCGCGUAUUUUGGCGCACAUACGCCAGACCACGGACAGUACAAAUGUAAAUACCAGAGAUUGGUUAGCAUGUAGUACCAGCGCUAGCAAAUACCCUGACAAGUACAUGAUGAGGAAUACAAAACUGCUCAGCUUGGCUGGACAGAAUCUUGUCGAAUUGCCGGGGGAGGUCUUGGCAGAUGCGGUGGAAGCCUCAGUCACGACCGUCGAUUUGAGUAGGAACAAAUUGGCUGAAUUGCCUGACGAAAUGGCUGAAAUAGUUACGGUGACGGAUCUAAAGUUAAUUUCCAAUCUCUUGACGCGUCUACCUGAGUGGAUAGGUGAAAAGUACAAAUACCUGCAGACCUUAGACAUAAGUAAAAACUACCUGGAAUCUUUACCUCUGAGUAUUAGCUGCCUGAAGUAUUUACGAUAUAUUGAUCUUUCGUUUAACAGAUUUGAAGAGCUACCAGAGACAGUUUAUGAUGUUGUAUCUUUGGAAAGCUUAAGUGCCAAUGAUAACAAAAUUAAGGAGAUUGACGUAACGUCUUUGCAAAAACUGAAAGGGCUAGCAGUUUUAAAUCUGGCAAAUAAUAAUAUCGCUUAUGUGCCACCUCAACUUGGUAACUUGAAAAAUAUAAGAAAUCUCUCAUUAUUGGGAAAUUGUUUCAAGUUUCCUAGACAGAAUACUUUAAUGAAAGAUACGGAGGAAAUACUAAGCUACCUGCGCAAUCAAAUACCUCGGUAAUUUAUAAUAACACUUUAAGCACAUUUGUAUGCGCGAGAGAUAAUAUUCCAUGAAAAGUCAUGAAUAACUCGCGAAAAAAAAGAACGCGACAAAAAUAUGCGAUUAAUUUUCAUGCAACUUUAACUCACCCGCAUAUUUCACACGUUCGCAGCAAUGUGCAUUUUCUCCACAAAUAGAAGUAGCAUAUAAGACCACAUAUUUAUGUAAUAAUCAAUAUAACAUUAAUUAUUAUGUCAUAAGUGCAAGUUACGUACAAUGUGUGUUGUAUGGAAUAAAGUCUAAGUUUUUAUACAAA